GUCAAGUUCAGCGUAUGCCCGUCCGUUGUGCCUAGUGCACAGAACGCCCGCCGGAAAAAUAUCCACCGCCACUCUUGAUAUCCCUUCGUUUUUUUCCACGUAACCGACGGGAAAGUGGAUGUACAUGUAGUUGGUCAGAGAAGGUGCACUAAGCAGGGUUACGCGGCUUGUUCUGCCGUGGGGAUAACGCACACGCCAUGGAAGAAUCUUACCGCGCUGUGGGUCUAGCGAUAUUUCGCUUGGCGGCGAACUCGGGAGAAGAGGCCGAGUGCUUGAAGAGCCAAGCUGUAUUGCGGUCUGUGCUGCAGCGUCACCCUGUGAUUCGAGGGUUUGCCUUGUCCACACUCGCCAGGAGGCUUCGAGAGGGUGCAGCAGCCGGCAACCAACCCAGCCAAAGGCACAGGGCAUCUGCAGGGGCCUCGGCAGAAGCGCGAGUACCUCACACGGGGAUCCGCCUGGCGCUGGAGGUUCUUCUUGCAUCUUACCACCCCUCCGCUUCGCACGUCGUUGCACCUGUCGUCGACGCCCUCGGAGACAGCAGCCUUGAGGGUGGGACAAGCCCGUUGCUGCCGUGGGCCGCUCGAUUGUGCUUGUUGCAUGCAUGCUCAGCUGGCGCAAGCGCCGGGAGCAAGAGGUGGAGAUGGCUGCCGACCGUGGCGGACUCCGCAUGCUCCUUGGCCCUCCAAGAAAUCGCAACGGAGGGAAGCAGCAGCGUGAGCGGCAGUGAGGCGGGCAAAGGCAAGGGACGCGCGCGUGGGCAUGGCGCGAAAUCGGCACCAUCAAAACAAAUUGCCAACCGGGUGGCAGUUGGGACGGACAAAGCUGAGAUGUACCAAGCAACCUUGAUGGCUGACGUGUGCGCGGAGCUUGCAAGGGUCGAGGUAGCGGGACCUGCGGCAGUUUCGACCAAGAAAAGUGGAUUCCUCUUUGCUUCUCUGGGCACCACCCCUGAUGACGUAGCCACAAUAUCUUCGGUACGGGCGGCGACUUCGUUGCCUGAACGGCAUGCCGCGGAUUCGUUUCGACUUAAGCUGCAGGGGUUGCGAGACGCGCUGCUGUCCAGGAGAGGAAGCGAAGGAAACGCACCGGUGGGGCAGUCGGUUCCAAGCGUUAGGACCAUCAUCGGUGAUGUCGCGCUGGAAGAUCUAGAUAUACAUCCACAAGCAGUGAAGAGAGCUUUGGAGCGAGGCCGCUGCGGUGAAGCCUUCAUUCUCGCGGUGCAGGCUGCGCUAAAGGAACAGCUUUCUCCAACCUCCACCUCCGAGGCCAAAGACCAACAGGUCUCCUCCAACAAAGGCCGCCGGGUUUCGGUGAAUCUCAAGCAUGCCCUCGAGACAUGCCUCUUCGGCGUUGGUCUAGCGGGAGGCAGGGGGUUGCUAGAUGCCGUCGUGCCGGAUGGUGACGAGAUCGGAUUAACGUCAACCUCCAGCUCCACACGAGCGACAAGAACCACAGAGGCACGACAAGCGUGCGCUUUGAUGCGAGGCCUUGUUGAGGAAGGGACUCGAAUUCGUGACAUGCUGUUGGUGUUGGUGGGCAUGUACCAGGAGCGAGAGCGACUACCCUCGACUUCAAGCCCGACAAUUUCGAUGGACUCUGGGCGGCUCACUGGAGCACAGGUUGUUGCCACAGCUCAAUCCGCGUGUGAUUUCCGCCGCAGGACGUUGGCCACAGUUGUCGGUGCCUUCGUCGCGUGGCUGGCGGACACUCCUUGGGUUUGGGGGGCCACAGAGGGGGUGGAAGGAGAAGACUGGGAAGGCGAUUUCGAGGCCGCAGCGAUGGCAACUUUUGUAGUAUUUCCUAGCCCUGGCGCCGCUUGUGCUGAUGAGGGAAUCUGCACCGCAGGACUGGUCGACCGAGUCCGAAGCGACGUGAGGGAAUCAUGCCCGUACAAUCAGGACAGCUAUGGUGAAGGUCAACCAAGGAAUGGGUCUGUGGAGAGUCGUGGUGUGGACCCCACGGAGGUAUUGGAUCGGCUUGUAGCGGGCGCCGCCAUGGCCAUGGGGCGCGUUGAUGCAGACGAAGUAGAAUGGCUGGACGUCCUACGACGCGUAGCAACAGCAGGUGCGGCAUCGGACGCCCUCAAAACGUACGCAAUUGCCUGUGUGGAAAGGUCUGCCUCCCUCGGGGGACAGGCCCCGUUCAUGGUGAGGGGCAAGCGGCGUUUCUCACAAGUCGGGGGGGAGGAGCUGUGGGGAUUGCUACAGGGAGCGUGCUUGCUUCACGAAGAAAAGAUGCCCGCUUCCUUGAUCGUUCGGACGGCUGCGGCUGUGGUCACGGCCUCCAGGAAGACAUGUCAAUCGUGGAUGGUUUCCCCCGGACUGCUUGGCUCGAGUCCCAUCCGCGUGGUGAUUGACAUGGUCACUGCCGCCAAGGGCUGUCUCACUGCUUCGGACUUGCUGGCUGGCUUACUGGAGGGACCAAGCGAUGACGGCCCUGCGUUGGCGGCUGAUGUUUUCGCAGCGUUCAUUGCAGCUUCAGCGGCCGAAAACGGGCGGCCAGCAGGGGGUGAUAACGAAGUGGGCGAUUUGCGUUCGUUGUCGAUGGCAUGGCUCCACGGGGCUCUUGUGACGGCUGUCCUGCCGGUGCGCACGCCUGCGGACUCGACGGUGGACCUGGACAGGUUCAUGUCCGCCACUGCUCUGACCCGGGUGCUGAUUCAGAGAGUACCGUUCGAGGCGAAACCCGUGCUACUCGCCGUGGAAGAGGCGGCGGAGCUUGCUACAGCCGGUAGGGGUGUAGGGGGCUGUCCCCGACGCUCCGGGAACAACAGAAGCGUUUCCGGGAGGGGGGUGGGAGAAAACUUAGAUGGGGACCCGGCAUCCCCUUUGGCAUCCUUGUUGAAGUUGGCUGGCGCGGCGAAGCAAAGCCGUCUUCUCCCGCUUCCGGUGCCUGCAACGGUUUCUCCACCACGCUCGGCCGGGCUCAAGUGCGGCGAGGCGUCGGGUGCGGGAGGCGUGGGAGUAGGUGACGACGGAGAGUCGCCAGCGAAGGAUAGAGAUGGAUGGCAGGCGGAUGCGUCGGUGGCAUUCGUGACGGCAGGAUUACUCUUAGACGCUUUUGUUCGAUCUCCGACAGCGGCUAGGCGAUCUAUCCGAGAAGCUAUGCAACAGGGUGGUUGUGGCAACGAACUCCAGGUCGUCCAGCGUGUUCUACGAACAGCACUUUGUACCGCACCCGCUUCCCCCGGGCAACCCCUUGGAGGAAUACCAACAACGCUGCCAGCGGGAUCGGGUGAUCGCAAGGUUGCUGCCUGUCUCCUCGUCGGAUUCCUGGUUGAGAGCGGAGUGCCCGGUUGGGAUGAGACGAAGGCAGCGAUGACCCCUCCACCGCCUCAGCUACUGGUAGCAGCUAAGGAGGCUGCUCGUACGGAGGGCGAGACGCACGUAUGGCACUGUGAUCAUUCCAGGCAACAGCUUACGGCGCUGCGGCUAGAAGUAAUGCUCCAGUCCCUCCUGUGCGAUGUGGGCGGUUCCCGUUUAGUUGGCGACAUGGAUAUCGAGAAAUCGUUUCCAGAUGUGUUCCGGACGGCGCGAACUCUCGCGCGAGCAAUCGCACACCAUGCAUCCGCGCUCGUCACCAGAACAAACCAAGGACAAGAAGCUUGGCGGACCAACGACUACCACCGCUUCCAAUCCGGCGGUGGUGGUGUCGAGGGUGUAGACCCACGUUGGCCUAGUGUUGUCGGGGGGGGCUGUUCAAGGGAUGGCGACGGUGCUGGCCACAGGCAACUGGAGUUACCUAGGCGAGCUCUUGCUGGGCGAUUGCAGCAUUCGCCAGCGGCUGCAGCGUUGACGUCUUGGGUGUCGAGCAUCGUAAAGACGGUAAAGCAGUUCAGGCGGUGGCUUCCGUGGCAGCCUUUAGCGGACGAGCUCAGAGAGUUGGUGUUGCGGAAUGCUCGGCAAAAGCCUGUGCGACAGCUGGUAUCUGGCGGAGAAAGGAAUGAGACCGAAGGAAGGACUCUGACAGCCGAGGCAGCUGUGUUUGCUGUCAGCGAACUGUUACUUGCUUGGGAUGAAGGUGGAGAGGAAGUUAUCCCGGCUGUCUUCCGGUCAGUUCUCUGCUCCAAGGCGCUUAACAUAGCUGCGGCCCCGGUUGCCUCAGAUGCACCCCCACCAAUCUGGCUAGAGCUGCUUCGGUGCCUAAUCGACGAGGGGCGAUGUGAUGUAUCCGGUUGGAUGUCUUCAUGCCUUGACGGAAGCACUCAGCAGGAUCCUCUCGCGAUGGCCGCUGCAGCCGCCGUCUGGAUCGGAGGGGAUGGACCGAGAGCCGGUCAACGGAGCAGGCGCGGAACCCACGAGGCGUGGGUGCACUGGUACGGGGCGAGGCUCGGGUCUCUAAUCCCGACGGGCGACGCGGGCUUCGGAGAUUGGCUUAUUCUUUCCAGUGCUACCGGCGCUAGCGCAGGUAGUGGGGUACAGGUGCGUGUCGAAGCGUUGGCGCGCACAAUCCAGCCUGACGAGUGGCAACACUGGGGGAGGUCCCCGCUUCAGGCCGCAUGGAACUUUCCUGGGACAUGGGCGGCAAUAUGCCAGAGUUCUGAAAGCACUAGUACAGAGGAAGCGCCGCCCGCCAUCUUGCUUCCUCCUUUCGCCUCAUGGUUGCGAGUGGUUUUGAGAGGUGGGUCAACCUGCCCGAAACAUCUGCUUGAGGCAUACCUGCGAAGGAUGGCUCUCGAGGUGUACCUCCCAUGCCAGUUCGGUAGAGCUUCAAACGAGAUGGCCCGACAGUGGCUGGCUGUGCUCAUCGAGGCUGAGGCUACGGUGGAGGGGAGUGGAAGGAAACGCGCCAAGAUGGCGGCUGAUGCCGUCGUGUGUGACGGGGGGUCAGUGACAGCCGAUCCUUCUUCAGGAAGCGCCGGCGGAAUGGUCUCGGCGUGCCAUCUCGUAGUGAAGGCAUUUUUUCGCGAGGAGCUUCUGCGUUUCGGAAGUGGGGAGGCGCCGGCGGCACCAAACGGAGGACCAAUGUCGUGGCUUUGGCCGCUUGAGGCCGUGGUUGCGGCGUGCGGCAACAACGGCUCAUUCGGCGGGGGUUCGCUCGCCCGUCGCCGUCGCGGGAGCCUGGGACCAGAAAGAAUUGACAGCGACGCCUCCUCGCGGAUUACAUUGGACGGCCCACCCUCAGCUCUCGCCCGUGCAUUGUCGACAGUACCACAUGAUCUUCUCUGCGGAUCCCGCCGGUUCGGCAUGGGUGGACAGCCCCCGCCUGCCCUUGCGACGCUGCGCGCGUUCGCGACCCGAGUGGUGGACCUCACUGCGCGCGCUUUGGCAACCCCGCCAUGUCGGCACUGGUCCGUGGCCCGGCAGCUGCUCCUUGGGUUGGGACUGCUCUACCACGCCUUGGCAAAGCCGGUACCGACGAGAGGCGGCAAGUUACAGAAAUCGUUCGGUGCACCAUCCCGAGCGGGGGCUAUUGAAUCGGACUCCGCCGCUCAAGAAGCUGCCCAAGCGGUAGCCCUAUCUGCGAUUGAAGGCCUUGUGAGAAUUGCUCUGGGAUUGGGCAACCUCGGGGUCGGAGAGAGGGACAGUGGUGAGGGCGGGAAUCGGGGUGCUGCGGCAGCGUCCGAAUCUGGAAACCCGCUUCUCACGUCGGCUUGCCUUGCGCUACGGCCGCUAGAGACGGGUGACUGCGCGGGCGCGGAUGAUUUCGCGCGGGCUCUUAUGGGUGCGGGAGCUUGGCGGGCUGCGACGGCGUUCUUCGGAGAACGGAGUGCAGCGCAGGCCUCUUUUUCAGUGAAAGCCCCUUCAUUGGGUAAGACGGCCCCUUCGAUAGUACAGACGGCUUCGUUGGCGCCGUCAUUGCCGCCACCACCUCGACCGCUAUCGCCUCAAGCCGGUCCUGAGCAGGGCCACCGCCUUUCUUCGCCGGGGGCAAUGCCGGCGGUAGAACCUCAUCACUCGGUCGGUGGCGAUCAAGCCAGUGGACAGUCGACCGCGGACUGUUGCAUUUCUCUCGCUCAAGAACUGGUGGGCGGGGCGCAGCCGUGCAGUUCAGGGCGGGGCGAGCGUGAGCAGGUUGUCGGAUCGCCACGUGCACUGUUGUGGGAUACGCCAUCCCGCCAAAAGAAAAAGGUCCGCUUGAGCACCAAUGCAGUGGAGGGGAAAUCGCCACCAGCAAGCUCUCCUCGACGGGUGUUGCCCAUGCGUUCGUCCAAGCAGCAACACCACCAUGAAGGGAGCGAGAGUUAAUCGAUGUACUACACGUGGUCGAAAUGGGCAAGCCGGUGGAUUUACAUGGCGUGCAGUCGGUGCUGCGUGAGGUUAAAGAAACGCCUAGAGUAGGAAUACAGUUUACGAUGAAGUGGAACGAUUCCGCCAGUAUGGAUUAUUUUUGAGAUUCGUAGUAACUACGUGUACGACACGGUUUUUAAUGUCACGCAAAGACAACCUCGUGUUCGCGGUAGGUUGAGGACAAGUGUGUCCACUGUGGUAAUAUGCUCUCGCGAAGGUGUGAAAGGAACCACAGGCAGACAUAAGGUCAUGCGCAAAGGCAGGGAUAUUGCCGUGCGUACAUAGCGUGGUGAACGAGCGAUGAGUGGCCGAUCCGCUGAGGCUUGGUGGCCAGAAGGAUGUGGAUAACACAUCGCAGGUUUUGAUAAAUUUUUGUGGUAAGCUGGGCAUAUUCCAAAGCCAUCCGCGAUAUUCCUCUCGACUGCCUGCCAACCAGUCUUGAAUGAAGACAUCUCAAGAAACAAAAGUC